AUGUGUACACUUGCUAACCAUGGAUUAGUUGGUUGUUAGAAGCUCAUGAAGAGAGAGGGCCAAAGAUGUUCCCAAACACACACGCCAAAACGUCUUUUUUCCGAAUAGAAAAGAUUCUCCUCUUCAUCGGAGUUUGACUCACCUUCGAUCUCGCGCACCCCGAGAAGAGAGGAAGGGAGAUAGGGAGAUAUGGGCGGCUACGAGAACGGCGACUCGCCGGCGGGCGCGGCGGCGGAGGGCGGCGUGAUCCUGGGCGUGGAUGGCGGCGCCACCAACACUGUCUGCGUCUGCCUUCCGGCCGCAAUGCCGCCGCCGGAGUCGCCCGGCGCAGUCCCCGUGCUCUCCCGCGCCGUCGCCGGCUGCUCCAACCGCAACUCCGUCGGAGAAAGUGCAGCGUUGGAAACACUAGAGUUGGUCAUGACAGAGGCUCUUGCGAUGGCCAACACAGAUUGUUCAGCUGUCCGUGCAGUUUGUUUAGCUGUAUCCGGAGUUAACCAUCCUUCAGAUCAGCAGAGGAUGCUGGAAUGGAUACGAGAUCUGUUCCCUGGCCAUGCCAAGUUUUAUGUUGAAAAUGACGCGGUGGCAGCUCUGGCUAGUGGUACAAUGGGAAAGCUACAUGGUUGUGUGUUGAUUGCGGGCACUGGAAGCAUUGCUUACGGGGUCACGAAAGAUGGAAAAGUAGCGAGAGCAGCUGGUGCCGGGCCUGUUUUGGGCGACUGGGGUAGUGGAUAUGGCAUUGCUGCACAGGCCUUGACAGCAGUAAUAAAAGCACACGAUGGUCGUGGACCACAGACUACUCUUACAGGAGAGAUCCUGAAGAAGCUUGAACUUUCUUCACCAGAUGAAUUGAUUGGGUGGACAUACGCAGAUCCAUCUUGGGCUCGUAUUGCAGCACUUGUACCUGUAGUGUUAUCUUCAGCUGAAGAUGGUGAUGAAGUAGCUAACAAAAUUUUGUAUGAUUCAGUGCAAGAAUUAGCUGAUACUGUUAUAGCAGUUGUUCGGCGCCUUAGAUUGUGCGGUGAAGAUGGAAAGGACCAGUUUCCACUUGUUUUAGUUGGAGGAGUCCUGGAAGGAAAUAAAAAAUGGAACAUCAGCGGCGAGGUUGUAAAUUCCAUUUCCAAGGUCUUCCCUGGUGUCCAUCCUAUUCGACCUGAGGUGGAACCAGCAUUGGGUGCUGCCUUACUAGCCUGGAGCCAUCAUCGCAAAGGGUUGAAACUGGAAAAUGGAAGUUGAUUCCCAGCAUGUGAGGAUGUCAAUUGUACAUGAAGGAGUUGGCCAACCGAAGGAUAAAUUUGGUCUCAAUGGCACAUUCAUCAGCAUCAAGGCUGCUGUUGUGUAAAUAAUAAAUCAUGGAUGGAUGCAAAAGAAUAAUUCUCUGCAUCAUAAGGCAGACGAACAUAUAGUUCUGAUGUAAGUAGGUAGCGUGUUGAAAGAAUCGUUUGCUAGAUUCUAACUCUUAGUGGCAUGUAUGUGUGCCGUUGCGUUUGGAGGCAAAAACAUGCAUCAUUGUAUCUUGGAUGAUUCAUCUUCAAAUGUGAUUUUCUACUUGUUCAGUUU